GCUUUGGCAGCGUCGAGGAAAGGGCUGAACUCUCUAGGAUUUCUUCGGAGGUUUUACAGGCCAAACAAAUACACAGAAACCGUCUUCAUGGGUCGAAACUUCGAAGGGAUCGCAUCUUGAAUGUUUAAAGAGGUCUCUAUGUACACCUUUAACACUACAGCUGCUUGAAUAUUUUGUUUGUUUCCUCGCUAAACUCGAGCGGGAAAUCGGGUUCGCUCGCUGAAAUGACAACAGCUACACAGCGAACUAAAUGUAUUCCGGAGGACAAGAUAUGCCUGCGGUUAAUCCUUGUCUCUGGCAAAACUCAUGAAUUUGUGUUUUCACCAAGUGAUACUGCUUAUUACAUAACCCAACAAGUGUUUGAACAUUGGCCUGAAGAUUGGAAAGAAGAGACUGUGAGCUCCCAUAAUAUACUCAAGUUAAUAUAUCAAGGGCGGUUUCUUCAUGGAAAUGUAACAUUAGGAGCUUUACACCUUCCAUUGGGGAAAAGAACUGUUAUGCAUCUAGUUGCAAGAGAAAAUCUACCAGAACCAGCAUCCCAAGGAUUGAGAAAUCGAGAAAAAACAGACGAGAGAAGCUGCUGCUGUACAAUCCUUUAAAAAAAACCUCUUUUAAUUGAUAUCCCGAUUUAAAAGACAGCAUUUAUACAUGCAAAUUUCAUGGCCCACUGCCAAAACUGGGUGAUAUCGUUUAGCUAAUAUCAAGUAUUAACCACAGCAACAAUCAACAACUAGCUCAGGAUAGUAUUUGGAGGUGGACCAAGGAUAUUUCAAAGGGUGCCAACUGUGUAUAAAACUUAAAGUGUGCGGCAGUGCCAGCAGGGGUGGGGUUGAGGGGCGCCCCUCCCCCUUUUUUUUCAAAAUGAUAAGGAAAUGACCGGGUGGCUUUACCCCCUAGUUGUCUCUGUAUCAUUCCUCUCAAUAUCCAGUUUUCCAUAGCCUGUUUCUCCCCUCCCUCUACCCUUGGAGCACCCUGUAUCCCCACUGGUAGUGUUAGGUGCCAACCGUUGCUGCUUACAAGGGACUCUCUGCUACGUGUAGAGUUUGUUGAAACAGAUCAAGAAUCAAAUUCCAGUAGAAGAUUUGCACUCGCAGCAGAACUAAAAGGGAUACAAAUGACUUUUUGAAUUCUUGUCUAGAUUUUUAGAAAUAGUUCAUGUAGUCCCUGUCUGCUGUAAAACAGGAUAUCUAAUGAGCAUUUAUUCUUCUAGCAAAAUUUAGUGUAAAUAAGUACAAUUUCAUCACUAUGUAAAAAUGUCAUCACAGUAAUUUAAAUAUUGUUUUAUAAUCUCCAAGGCUAAGUUCACUUGCAAGUAUAUUAACCAUGAGCCUUCUAAUAUUUAAAUUUUAAACAUGUUGUCUAAAACUGUUAAGUAUUAGUAUCACUGUUGGUACUCAUGAGCAUGGUAUCUGAAACCUUAGCAAUAAUACUGUAAGAUGGUGAUCCUUUUUUUGUAAUUUGGCUUAUGGGUAAUAACCACCACUUGAACUAAGCUUGUGAAAAAUGAUUCUGUUAUUUUUGUAUAUUCCACUGCACUUUUGUCUCAGCUCACUUUCUGGGACUCCCAUUAAAUUUGAAUUAAUCUUAUUUUUUUAUAUUAUGUAUAGACAAUGAAGAGUAGAAGGCCCAUUCAGAGGUUUCGGGUCUCGUGUCAAGGGGGCAUCACCCCUCAGGUUUUGUGUAAAAAUUUGAAAUCUUCAAGUCAGGCUGGAAAUGGAAAUGUCCUUUAUCAUGCAUCUUUUUGUAGCUAUACACACAUAAUUUUGCUGAUUCAAAGAUGAAACUUAAAAGAUUUCACUUGAAUUAUAUUUGCUGUUUUUCAGUGAUAAAUAUUUCUUUGCUUGCUGGUGUUGCACUGUCUUUUACUAUGGAGAAAACUGGAUAAAUGGACACAUGCAAAAAAGGGAGGGACAUUAUUUUGUACAUCUAAGAUGGAAACAGCCCCAUAAAAUUCUGUUUUCUCCACUUAAAAAAAAACAGUCCACUGCCUGUCAGUAGGCUAUUCCAAAGUUAUUUUCAGGAAUUCCUACCAUAUUAUUUCUUUUGCCAUGAUUAGAUAGAUUUACCUUCAAAGUUGAUUGUCAUAUUUGAUGAUGAAUAAGCAAUGAUGCAAUCAUUAGGAAUGCCAAACAUUCAAGUGAUGUUUUUUUUGUACAGUUGUAUCUUAUAUGUAUUUUUUUUAGCCAACCCUUGCAUCUCUCUCACUCCAUGUCUAUUUUCUAAGAAUCAAAAUGUCAAGGGUGGAGCCAGGAUUCCUUGAAAGGGGAAUUCUUCUUGGAUUUGUUUGGGGCUUCAAUAUUUAAAACACAUAGCUGUGGGCUAAUCUGUUUUGUCUACCAUUUCUUCUUAACAUUUUAAUUUGGAUCCACUUAAGUGGAUAGGGAUGGCUUGUUAUGCCUUAGGGUAGCUUGAAUCACACUCCAGUGAGUGCAGGGUGGUUCAAGAGCCUAAGAAAACAUUUGCAUACUAAUUUAUGUUGUUAGAUGGCUUCCCCCAAGUUCUGGCUGUCAGGUCUUUUUUGGAGCGGAAGGGGGGCUGAGGUUAGAGCACGCUGAAUUAUGAUAGGUGAAUUAUUACUAGUGAACAAUUACCACUUUAUCUUAAUCACAAGGCAAUCUCAAAGAAAACUGCAAACAAACCGGUCUGUGCUAAGCAAAAACACAGUUUUGCUGGCAAUAUAAGCAACCACCCUUAUAAUCUCUCACAGUAUAAUUUUUGGUCGUGUCGUUUGACAUUUUUCAAUAUGAUAUAUUUUUGUGGUUGUUUAAGUAUAAUGAUAUUUAUUUUGAAGUGUAACCAUUUUGGCUUGAUAUGAGUUAGGAACACUGUAAAUAAGUUUAAAUUAGGAAAUGAACUCUGUACAAAGCUGGUGAGAUAAUAACUAAUACUUUUUAGCAAUUGUUUAUUCUUAGUGAAAUAAAUGUGUUCAUUUGGAAA